CAGUCCCGGUCACACGAAUGUCACUUUUGCACUGUUCAAAAUCGGCUUUGCAUGUCUUGCCUCGACUGGCUGCUGUAAGACUGUUCCCGUAUACAACUGGAACAGGAGCUCCUCCUAGUGGAACUACUCCAAAGCCAGCUACCAAGACCACAACACCCGCCCCAACAGUGCCAGCUUCGAACAACAAAAGUUACAAGGUCACAGAAUAUUACGGACAUAAUGAGAUGACGUUUUAUGACUAUGAAGUCACGAUGCGAAAAUCACGGCUGCCACAGCCGUCUGCUGUUAAGAAGUAGAACAGAAACAAUGUGAAAAAAGACUAUUGACAAUAUGGACGUGUUUGAACGAAUAGUUCUAGAAUGAAUUGGGUCAGUUUUAGGGCUAGAUAAUUGAUCAUCAUCAUCAUCAGGUUAAUAUCGUAGGACAUUUGUUGAUUUGUUGACAUUUGAUGAUACACACAUUGUUCCUUCUGUUUUGUUGAAGAGUUUUUGAGGCUUUGGAUCCUGUGAUGAAGAACUAUAGCAAGUAGUUGUCUUGACGAAUAUUCCGUUUUGGAAGUCAGAUGAUAUUGCACAUUCACCGAUCAAAUUCUCAUGAUUUUUGUGGUCCACCAUGUGAGUCAUAAAACCUGGAAUACUUUUGUAGGCAUUUUGAUUAUGUGGUUGAACACGAUUCGCUAGCAGAAAUGCAAAAUGUUUCACUUGUCGAUACAUUUCCCAAUACAGCUCCAGUAGCUUCUCAAUUGUGUACAUUUGCAAAGUGUCCACUUUUGCAAUAAAAGCCACGCAAAACUUACUAGAAUUGUUUUUGUCACAGUACACUUGUGUUUAAAAUAGACACUUAAGUACUAAAUGAAUGGCCCCAGGCUCCACCCAUAACAUUAACUGUUUAGAAAUGUUAAAGAAAACUUUGCUUCUGUAAAAUAAAAAGUUUAUUGUUGUUGAUAAAAUACAUGAUAAAUGUACUAAA